GCUCCUGCGAAUUGUGUACAAAAGUGGCAGCACUCUCAAAAAAGGCGGUCGGUCUGUUGAUUAAAAACAUUUAAUUAUUGGCAUUUUAUUGCCAAAUUAAUUGCAAAAUGAGUAAUGCCAAAGUGCCACCAGAAUGGAAGCGUCGCGUCAAAUCGGAAUAUAUGAAAAUACGACAACAGAAACGCUAUAAACGAGCCGAUGAAAUAAAGGAAGCGUGGAUUAAAAAUUGGGACGAACAUAAUCACAAUGUGCAGGAUCUCUAUUGCGAGUCGAAGGCAUGGCAAGCGAAACCCUAUGAUCCUCCGCAUGUUGAUUGCGUUAAACGGGCCGAGGUGACCAGCUACAGUGGGUCACCGGCUGGCCCUCAACGUGUUCCCAUUUGUGUAAUCAAUGCCGUCACUCCGAUUCCGACCAUGUACACUUGGGCACCCACACAACAGAAUUUUAUGGUUGAGGACGAGACAGUUCUUCAUAAUAUUCCAUACAUGGGUGACGAAGUCUUGGACAAGGAUGGCAAAUUCAUUGAAGAGCUUAUCAAGAACUAUGAUGGCAAAGUGCAUGGCGAUAAAGAUCCAUCGUUUAUGGAUGAUGCCAUAUUUGUGGAGUUGGUUCAUGCUCUAAUGCGUUCACAUAGCAAAGAGCUGGAGGAAGCAUCAUCCUCUAGUUCCAGUACUCAGGUGAAAACGGAAACUGUGGUCAAACCAUCCAAAUCCACAGCUGAUGACAAUGACGAUAAAGAUAAAGAGAAAAAGUUGUCGCCAUUGGCCAAAGUUGAUGAGCAGACCAAGGCGAUGCCAGUUGGUGGGGCGGUAAAGAAGAAAGAGAAUGACGAGUCAACCGAAGAGACAUCCUCGUUGGCAUUGGCUGUAGAUAUCAAGCCGGAAGUCGUUAAGGAAACUAGCAACAAGGAUAACAGCAAGGAAGACGUCAAAGAGAAGCUACCAUUUCCAGCACCAAUUAUAUUUCAGGCAAUUAGUGCCAACUUUCCAGACAAAGGCACUGCCCAAGAGCUGAAAGAGAAAUACAUUGAGCUAACCGAACAUCAGGAUCCAGAGCGACCACAAGAAUGCACUCCAAACAUUGAUGGCACCAAGGCCGAGAGUGUUUCCCGUGAGCGCACUAUGCACUCGUUUCACACUCUGUUCUGUCGUCGCUGCUUCAAAUAUGAUUGUUUCCUUCAUCGUCACCAUGUGCAGGGUCUGCAAGGACAUGCUGGUCCCAAUUUACAAAAGCGUCGCUAUCCCGAGCUCAAGAUCUUUGCCGAUCCUUGCAGCAAUUCAUGUUACAUGCUAAUUGAUGGCAUGAAGGAGAAAUUGGCUGCCGAUAGCAAAACUCCACCCAUUGACUCAUGCAAUGAGGCCAGUUCAGAGGAUAGUAAUGACAGCAACAGUCAGUUUAGUAACAAGGACUUUAAUCACGAGAACAGCAAGGAUAAUAGCAUUGCUGUUAAUAGCGCCGCCGUUGCUGAAAUUAAUUCCAUUAUGGCUGGCAUGAUGAACAUUACAAGCACUCAAUGCGUUUGGACUGGUGCCGAUCAGGCAUUGUUUCGUGUCCUCCAUAAGGUCUAUUUGAAGAACUAUUGUGCCAUUGCGCAUAAUAUGUUGACCAAAACAUGCCGACAGGUCUAUGAGUUUGCCCAGAAGGAGGCAGCCGAAUUUAGUUUUGAGGACUUGCGUCAGGACUUUACACCACCGCGCAAGAAGAAGAAGAAGCAACGUUUAUGGUCACUGCAUUGCCGCAAAAUUCAAUUGAAAAAGGAUUCGUCAUCGAAUCAUGUCUACAAUUAUACACCCUGCGAUCAUGCUGGCCCGUGUGACAUGAAUUGCUCAUGCAUUUUGACUCACAACUUCUGUGAGAAAUUCUGCAAUUGCAGCAGCGAUUGUCAGAAUCGUUUUCCGGGCUGUCGCUGCAAGGCUCAAUGCAAUACCAAGCAAUGUCCUUGCUAUUUGGCUGUCCGUGAAUGUGAUCCGGAUUUGUGUCAGGCAUGCGGAGCCGAUCAAUUCAAAUUGACCAAAAUCACGUGCAAGAAUGUGUGUGUGCAGCGUGGAUUGCAUAAACAUCUAUUAAUGGCCCCAUCAGACAUUGCCGGCUGGGGUAUAUUCCUGAAGGAGGGUGCCCAAAAGAAUGAAUUCAUUUCUGAAUAUUGCGGUGAGAUUAUAUCGCAGGAUGAGGCCGAUCGUCGUGGCAAAGUGUAUGACAAAUACAUGUGCUCCUUUCUAUUCAAUUUGAACAACGAUUUUGUGGUGGAUGCCACACGCAAGGGCAAUAAAAUACGUUUUGCCAAUCAUUCCAUUAAUCCCAAUUGCUAUGCCAAGGUUAUGAUGGUCACUGGCGAUCAUCGUAUUGGAAUAUUUGCCAAACGCGCCAUCCAGCCGGGAGAAGAGCUCUUCUUCGACUAUAGAUAUGGACCGACCGAACAAUUGAAAUUUGUUGGCAUCGAACGUGAAAUGGAAAUUGUUUAAUUUAUUACCUAUAAGUAUAAAGAUUAUAAAAAUAUAUAUAUAUAAAAUAACACACAUAUAAUAACUAUCGAAACUAUCUAAAUCAUAUAAUAUAUAUGUACAUAUA